AUGAUUUCUUGGAACUUCCAAAAAUUUAAAACCAUGAAACAUCUAUUACUGCUACUUUUGUGUGCUUUUAUAGUUCAGGCCGGAUAUCUUGACUAUGAUGAGGUAGACGAUAACAGAGCUAAGUUACCUUUGGAUGCCCGCGGUCAUCGGCCCUAUGACAAGAGAAGGGAAGAGGCCCCCAGCCUGAGACCUGUGCCCCCUCCCAUCAGCGGAGGUGGCUAUCGGCCUCGUCCCGUCACAGAAACUGCGCGCCAGAAGAAAGUGGAGAGAAAGCCCCCUGAUGCUGAUGGCUGCCUGCACGCGGACCCGGACCUGGGUGUGUUGUGUCCUACAGGAUGUCAGUUGCAAGAUACUUUGGUAAAACAGGAAAGACCAAUCCGAAAGAGUGUAGAAGAUUUACGUAAUAAUGUGGAGUCUGUUUCCCAGACCUCUUCUUCCACCUUUGAAUAUAUAACUCAGCUAAAAAACAUAUGGAAACAAAGGCAGAAUCAAGUAAAAGAUAAUGAAAAUGUAGUAAACGAGUACUCCUCACAUCUGGAAAAGCACCAGUUAUAUAUACAUGAGACUGUGAACAGUAAUAUCCCAACUAAGCUUCGUGUGCUCCGUUCAAUUCUGGAAGAUUUGAGAAGCAAAAUACAAAAAUUAGAAUCGGAUGUCUCAACUCAGAUGGAAUACUGCCGCACCCCAUGUACUGUGACUUGCAAUAUUCCUGUGGUGUCUGGCAAAGAAUGUGAGGAAAUCAUCAGGAAUGGAGGUGAAACAUCUGAAAUGUACCUCAUUCAGCCUGAGGAUUCUAGCAAACCAUAUAGAGUAUACUGUGAUAUGAAAACAGAAAAAGGAGGAUGGACAGUAAUUCAGAACCGUCAAGAUGGUAGUGUUGACUUUGGCAGGAAAUGGGAUCCAUAUAAACAAGGAUUUGGAAAUAUUGCAACCAAUGCAGAAGGGAAAAAAUACUGUGGUAUACCAGGUGAGUAUUGGCUUGGAAAUGACAAAAUUAGCCAGCUUACCAAUAUGGGACCCACAAAGCUUUUGAUUGAAAUGGAGGACUGGAAAGGCGAUAAGGUGAUGGCAAUCUACGAAGGAUUUACUGUACAGAAUGAGGCCAACAAAUAUCAGCUCUCAGUGAGCAAAUACAAAGGAACAGCUGGCAAUGCCCUCAUAGAAGGGGCUUCUCAACUGGUUGGAGAAAACCGGACCAUGACCAUCCACAACAGCAUGUUCUUCAGCACGUACGACAGAGACAACGACGGCUGGAAAACUACAGAUCCCACAAAGCAGUGUUCUAAAGAGGAUGGUGGUGGAUGGUGGUAUAACCGAUGUCACGCAGCCAAUCCCAAUGGCAGAUACUACUGGGGUGGAGCGUACACCUGGGACAUGGCAAAGCACGGCACAGACGAUGGAGUGGUGUGGAUGAACUGGCAGGGCUCCUGGUACUCGAUGAAGAAGAUGUCCAUGAAGAUCAGGCCUUACUUCCCAGAGCAAUAG